AUGACGACUCCGUUCCCUCUCUUACGUCUUCCAAGGCUUGCCCUUAUUCCUGUUUUUCAACGCAUGGAGAUCAUUGAAGUAAUUGCGUUCUCCCUUAUCUCCAGAAAAACUCACAAUCUCUCAAAAAGUCUUUGCAAAACAAUAUCUUCACACUACAUUGAUCUAGAAAUGGAUAUUAACGGUCUUCGUAUGAGGAUUGAUGUGACAAAUGGGUCACCCCUAGCACUGUAUUUCUACCCAGACGACCCAAAGACAGUUGGAGUGUUUUAUCGGAAGAGAAAACUUCAAUGGAAAAACGUCGGAUUAUCGCCAAAACAAUCGAUGGAACGAGUGUUCGAUAUAACAAAAUGUCCAUCGCUAAACAAAUUGGUGGUCAAUGGAAAAACAGACUACGAUGUGUUUUCAGUCCUUGAUGUAGUUCCAAAGGUUUCCGAACUCAAAAUAUAUCCUAACUGCCGCAACGCUUUUUCUUCAUCGAUCACAUCGUUUGAACCUUCAUUCUUGAAUCGAGAAGAAUUCCAGAGAGUCUGGAUGAGCAACGUUGAUUGUUUGUGUAUCUACGACGAUGAUUUAUCGAGUGUUCAAUUCAACCUUAAUGAUCUUUUAGCCUCGAACGCAGUCUCACUUGAAUUAAGCGAGGUCCCGAUGAGUUUGAGAGACCUGAACAAAUUCUUUUCUUGCUGGUUAAACAAAACAUCUAAUCAUAGGUUGGAGCAUCUAUCAGUGAAUACAUUUAAAGAUAUUAAUGAAGACGUUCUUCUGGAUGGACUAGGUGCUACUCGUUUCACAGAAAACCGGACUAGAGAAUUCCGAUCAACCAACAUGUUUCCUAAAUUCACAGAAUUCACAGGAGGGUUUGAUGUGAGGAGAAUAGAUGGACAGUUGGCAGCUAUUACAUUUGGAAAUACUUUUUGGACAACAUAUAUUAAUUUUGAUGUUCGGCGAUGA